GUAGAACACGCUUGCCUGGUGUGAACUUGACCCCGUGGGGAGGGAGGCUCAGUGUAGAACACGCUUGCCUGGUGUGAACUUGACCCCGUGGGGAGGGGGGCAUAGAACAAGACUUAUGUUGGGGUGAGGCUGUAGAUCAUUAACAUCGUAUAAGGAAACCAGUGCUAGUUUCAGUCCAGGGAAGGUCAAGGCCAGCCAGGUCUCCGUCUGGACGUGGAGACAGCCUUCCCUAUUCAUUUUCAUGUUGGCAAAAUGAGUUUGCUCUUAAGUUAAAAAAGCAAGGCUGGCCCUUGUCAGAACGGAAGUGAACUCCAGGGCAGAGCUCCUGGUUUUGACUCUGGUUUUCUCCACCAGGAAGAAGUCCCAGAGGCUCCAUUACAAUUCACAAUAAACACUAAAAUGUCAGGCUGCACAGCAUUUAAGAUGCGGUUAGUCCAUUUGGACCUUAAGGGAGCGCCCCCCAAGAUCUCCUACUUCUCAGAGCUCUUCCCCCUGCUCCGGGCUCUCGGUGCAAAUGGCCUUCUCAUCGAGUACGAGGACAUGUUUCCCUACGAGGGCCAGCUGAGGCUGCUGCGGGCCACGCAUGCGUACAGCCCCUCUGAAGUGGCAGAGCUCCUGCGCCUGGCCAGAUGCAGCGAGCUGGAGGUCAUCCCCCUGGUGCAGACAUUUGGACACAUGGAGUUUGUGCUGAAGCACGCAGCAUUUGCUCACCUCCGAGAAGUAGCCUGUUUCCCCAACACUCUGAACCCUCAUGCGGCCGAGUCCCUGGCGCUGGUGGGGGCCAUGGCUGACCAGGUUCUAGAGCUGCACAGGAACGCACGCUGGCUGCACAUCGGGUGUGACGAGGUCUACUACCUGGGCGAGGGGGAGGCCUCCAGGCAGUGGCUGCAGCAGAGGCAGAACAGCCCCGAGCAGCUGUGUCUGUCCCACAUGCGGGCGGUGGCCAGCCAUGUGCAAGCGCGGCACCCUGGCACCACGGCCCUGGUGUGGGAUGACAUGCUGCGGGACGUGCCUGGGGACCAGCUGGCAGCCUCCGGAGUGCCGCAGCUGGUGGAGCCUGUGCUCUGGGACUACGGGGCUGACCUGGACAUCCACGGCAAGGUGCUUCUCAUGGAAAAGUACCGGGAAUGCGGCUUCUCACGGCUGUGGGCAGCCAGCGCCUUCAAGGGGGCCACGGGGCCCAGCCAGGCCCUGCCGCCUGUGGAGCACCACCUCCGGAACCACGAGCAGUGGCUGCGGGUGGCUGGCAGCGGGCCCGCGGACAUGCUGCAGGGCAUCGUCCUGACCGGCUGGCAGAGAUACGACCACUUCUCCGUGCUGUGCGAGCUGCUUCCCGUGGCGAUCCCGUCCCUGGCUGCCUGUCUGCAGCUGCUUCUCCACGGGAGCUUCACUGAAGAGGUUAAGCAGUCAGUGGAGAACUUCCUUGGAGUUUCCAGCCUGGAGAUAACAGCUGUGAGUGAGGGAGCUGGCUCCUUCCCAGGCAGCCACAUCCACGCCCUGGUCACACAAGUCAGCCUCCACCUGCGCAGCUCUGUGGACGCACUGCUGGAGAGGAACAGGUACGUCACUGGCUGGUUCAGCCCCUACCAUCGCAGACGAAAGCGCGUCCACCCUGUCAUGGUCCAGCACAUACAGCCAGAGGCCCUCAGGCUCCUGGGCAGGUGGCGCACCCUCCUGCAGCAGCUGGAGGCGGCCCUGCAGCUGGCCUUCUACCCUGAUACCGUGGAGGAGUGGCUGGAGGAGAAUGUGCACCCCAGCAUGCAGCGGCUGCAGAGUCUGCUGCAGGACCUCCAGGAAGCAGCCGCGCCCCAGCCCUUGCCCAACAGCCCCGGGGGGGGUCCAAGUCAGGACCCUUGAGGGCCUCCUGGCGCGGGCUGGGCCUGGGCUACCAUCCUGGGCAGUACUGGGCUGAAGUGGCCCCCUCCCCCCAGGAACGCUUCCUGCUGAGUGUCAGGCCGCUGUGGCCAGCUACUCCGCAGAGCAAGCAGGACCUUUGGAGAAGGCAGCAGACACGGAAGGCACACGGGGGCCUGCUAACAAUCUGCAUGUUGAGCUUUAUUCAUUCUAAAAUUAAAGACAGAAGCAGUAUUCCACAGAAAGGCUUCUUUACCAGCGCCCUGCCAUGCAGGGCUUCACACCCCCAGAACCUACUCCCCGCCCUGGGGG